AUGAGGGCUUCCUGGCUAGGAUGGUCCCUCAUCUCUUUAUUGGCCGUUCCGACACCGUCCGCAUCUUCAGACGUUGAAUCGAUCGGUGUCAAUAGAUUACAGAAGAGAUCGAGCAAGGGCCUCGACCCUGAAGAGCCCUCAGUGUUCAAUGGGUUGGAUGUGCCCCCGCUGUUUCAGCUGACCCCGGAGAAUUUCGAGGAGGCAACUAAAGAUGGCACUUGGUUGGUUAAACACUACUCUCCAUCCUGUGCCCAUUGUAGGAAGGCUGCGCCCUACUACCAAACCACCUAUGAAUACUAUUAUAUUCGACUCGUCGUGUUAAUAUAUCACUUUAGACCUCAAAUCCCAUUGCGCCAACAUCCGGCAAGACCCCCCAAUCCAAAAUCCGUCGACUCGUUCACUUCACACUACAACUUCCACUUCGCUUCUAUGAACUGUUUGGCCCACGGAGAUCUUUGCGAGAAACUCGGUAUUACCGCUUACCCGACCUUUGGAUUCUACGAAAAUGGUGUACAGAAGGAUGUAUUUGUUGGCGCGAAGAAGAUUGACGAUCUGAGUAAGCUCAUUGAGCAAAAACUCGAGACUCUCUUCCCUGGAUCCCGCCCUCCGCAGGGCAUCAAAUUGCCCGAGGUUGGCGCUACUACUGUGGAUUUCUCUGCUGAACCGGACUCAGUGUAUGACAAUGACAAGCCCUCUGCUCCUGUUGUAAAGGAUGAAGAGAACCAAAACGAACUGGCAUCCCAGAAGGACUCUGGUUCUGCCGUUGAUACCAAGUCGAGCACUAUCACCGUCACAAAGGAGAAGCCCAAGAGCGCGCCUCCCAACCCGCAGGGAAUUUCAGUUCCUCUGACUGCCGAGAGUUUCCAGAAGCUCGUGACUACCACUCAGGACUCCUGGUUCAUCAAGUUUUACGCCCCUUGGUGCCCUCACUGUCAGGCUAUGGCUCCUAACUGGAAGGAGAUGGCCAAGGAAAUGAAGGAUGUUCUGAAUGUUGGCGAAGUUAACUGCGACGUUGAGACCCGGCUUUGCGGGGAUGCGCGGGUGAAUGCCUUCCCCACUAUUUACUUCUUCCGAGGUGGACAAAGAGUGGAGUACACUGGUCUGCGUGGCCUGGGUGAUCUGCUCUCUUUCACUAACAAGGCUAUUGGCCCUUACUCGGAAAUUGAGGAUGUGGAUGCCGCUACUUUCAAGGAGCUGGAGGAGACUGAGGAGGUCUUGUUUUUGUACUUCUACGAUCACGCAACUACCUCAGAGGACUUUGCGGCCAUGGAUCGUCUUACCCUCAGCCUUGUGGGUCAUGCUCGGAUCGUUAAGACCAACAGCGCUGCAUUAGCGGAGCGCUUCAAGAUUUCGACUUGGCCCCGUCUCCUGGUUGUCCGUGAUGGACGUCCUAACUACUACAAUGUGCUUGCCCCCAAGGACAUGAGAGAUUUCCGUCAAGUUCUGUCUUGGAUGCAGACCGUAUGGCUACCAAUUGUCCCAGAACUCACAGCUUCAAAUGCUCGAGAGAUUAUGGAUGGCAAAUACAUUGUUCUUGGAAUUCUCAGCCGUCGCCGUUCCGACGAUUUCAAGCAGUCCCGGCGUGAGCUGAAGGAAGCUGCUUCUGAGUGGAUGGACAAACAGAUUCAACUGUUCCGGUUGGAGCGGUCUGAACUCCGUGAUGCCAAGCAAUUGCGUAUCGAGGAAGCUGAUGACCGAAAUGACCAGCGCGCUCUACGAGCUGCCAAGAACAUGCGCAUCACCAUCCGUGAAGAUGACAAGAAGCCCGUUCACUUUGCCUGGAUCGAUGGUGACUUCUGGGAGCGCUGGCUGCGCACCACUUACGGUAUUGAUGUUGAGAAUGGUGACCGUGUGAUCAUCAACGAUGAAGAUAACCGUCGCUACUGGGAUACUGCUUCUAGUGGAGCUACCAUCAUGGCCUCGCGUACUUCAAUUUUGGAAACCAUCCCUUUGGUCAUUUCCUCGCCUCCCAAGCUGUCCCCCAAGUCUACCAUUGGCACCUUGGAGUCCUUCUUCUUUUACACCCGCUCCUUCCUUGGCAGUCACCCCAUCCUCUUCUUUAUUCUCCUUGGUCUGGUUGUUGCUGUGGCUACUAUUUUUGGCCGUGGCCGCUUACUUCGCCGUGCCGGUCUCGGCCGUGGCGGUAUUCUUGGUAAUUCUAACGGUAGUGGUGGCUUUUUCCACCUGGAUGGCAAGGAGGGAUUCUUGAAUGGAGGCUCGACAGGAAAAGUCGACUAA